AUGGUCAAUGCACCGGCCACACAGAUCGAUUUUGUCUAUGUUGGGUUGUACAUGAGAUCUUCUCGGAACAGCUUCUCAAUGAUUGCACCCACAAGCACCCUGAACAAACAACAAGUGGCUACAUAUCCAGAGCAGAAAACUAGCAGCCUCGCUGAUUCAAUCAGAAAGCACAUUGGCUCUCAUCAUGUUGUGGACGGAAAAGACAAGCAAGGAGUCCGCUACCGGAACCUUCUGGGCGUGCGACCAGGCAACUGUGAGGAAACGAAGUCAGUACCAGUCACGACCAUUCCCUUCUGGACACGGUUAACAGCUUCCAGGAGCUUUUGA